GCGGCGCAUUUGUUGUGGACGAAUUUGUCGAAAACUUGUUCAAUUAUCUGCCAAAGAAAGGUCCAGAUCCGGUUUCUUCAAGGUGAAUCUCAUACUUUACACAUUCCUGUGAUGAGCAGAGAGUGUUUAGGUUUUUUAUCGCCAAAGGAUAACGAGGUAUUUAUUGAUGCAACCUUUGGUGCAGGAGGUCACACAUGUGCAAUACUUAACACAGCAAAAUGCCAAGUAUAUGCUGUUGAUAGAGAUCCAAUGGCAGUUGAAAUAGCACAAGUCUUGUCCACUCGGCAGGAAUACAAGGGCCGACUCAAACCACUGCAUGGCAAAUUUAGCCAACUUCUGGAACUAGCAAGAACUAAUGAUAUCAAAGAGGAUUCAGUACAUGGAAUAUUACUAGAUAUUGGACCAUCUUCAAUGCAGCUUGAUGAUCCUUCAAGAGGGUUUUCUGUAAAUAAAGAAGGCCCUCUUGAUAUGCGGAUGAAUAAUAAGAAUGAUAGUGAAAACAAGAGAAAUUCAGCUUUCACUGCUGCAGAUGUUGUGAAUUCUAUCAGUGAACAUGAGCUGAUGACAGUUCUGCGGCACUAUGGAGGAGAGAAGGAUGCAGGGAGAAUAUCACGAGCCAUUGUCAAAGCAAGAGAAAAACACCCAAUUAGCACUACCAAACAACUAGCGAACAUUGUGUCUAACGCAGUUGGAUUUGGCCGUAAGGACAAACUAAACCGCUUCGCUCAUCCAGCCACCAAGUCAUUCCAAGCACUACGAAUACUUGUCAAUGAUGAAUUAAAUGAACUUCAUAAAGCUUUAAAAGCUGCUCAAAAACUUCUUGUUCCUGGUGGAAGACUUGUGGUUAUAACAUUUCAUUCUGUGGAAGAUACUAUCGUCAAACAUUUCCUUAGGACUCCUCCGGCUGACUCCAUCUCUAGGAGACCUAACACAGGUAGCCCAAAGGUAAAACCAUCUUUAUCUACUUGGCUACCGCUACAUAAGAAAGUAAUAUGCCCAUCUAAUCAGGAAGUAUUUUUCAAUCCUCGAUGUCGCUCGGCCAAGCUACGUGCUGCUGUCAAGACGAAAAAUGCCGUUUUGAAUCUGAAUCAGAUUACUCAUUUAUUGGACAAAAGUCAUGAAGGGUCCCUGACCGAUGGGCCUACUUUAGGGAAUUGAUUCCGC